AACAAGUGGUGAAUCUCCCAGAAGACCGUAGAGCAGCUAGGAUCUACUAUCCUGCUGUUUGCUUGUGUACACUACAGACAUGGGGAAGGAAUAGUGAUGGAGAUGAGAUAGUCCCAACUGGAGAACAUAGAAGGUAACCAUGGGUGCCGACGAUCAUAUCCUAAUCACCUUGUCCGGAGAAGGCCCAUGGGGUUUCAGGCUACAGGGGGGAUCAGAGAAGAGCCUUCCUCUUCUUGUGUCAAAGGUACGUAAGCGGAGCAAAGCUUGCCGAGGAGGACUACGGGAAAAUGAUGAGCUGGUCUCCAUCAAUGGGAAGGCCUGUGCUGGCUUAUCACACGCCGAAGCAAUGCUUAUGAUAGACUCGUCAUCAGGAAGCAGUCUUCAUAUCCGUGUAAAACGGGCAGCAGCUGGAGCUCAAACUGUACCACGGUCCCACAGAGUGCUUCCUUCACCUGGCAGCCCUAACUCCAUCAGAAUUCAAGACCCCCCCAGUUCUUGGGUUGCAUCUUCAUCCUCGUCCACACCUGGCCAGCCCAAGUUGCUACAUCUGGAAAGUAUCACUUCUCCCCCAGACAGCGAGGCAUACUACGGGGAGACUGAUAGCGACGCAGACAUCCGCUCAUCUUCAGGGCACCCCCAGAGUACACAGCAGCACCACAGCCAACAACAAGCACCUCCGGAGAAGCACCGCAGAACACGUAAGAAGAGCCCCAGGUCCCCUCCAGGAAACAACAACAAAGCUGAAAACGAGCAACAAUCUCUUUCCGAAAUGAGUGGGUAUGAGAGCGGGCCUGGUGGUGUUACUGAAUGUGUUGUACAGUCAACAGGUGGGGUGGCCAAAAGAGAAAUCACUUAUCAGCCAGGAGGUAGCAGAGCUGAAACCCCCUUCUCAGAUGUGGAAGGGUUUCUGCCAGCAGAAGAAGAGCAGCAAAUGUCCAUCACUGGUCCAUCACCUGAGUCUUUACUCCUGCCCCAUGCCACCAAGACCAUCAAAGCUGAAAGACAUCUCAUCCCUAUGAUCGGACCAGUGGAACACCCUGUUGAUGAUGAUCUGACAACUACUUACUUGGAAAAAGCAAGGGAAGCAAAGCUCCACCGUAGUGAGAGUGUACAGGAAAAAAACGUAAAAGAGGCUAGAACUAAAUGCCGAACUAUUGCAUCUUUGCUGACAGAUGCACCAAACCCCCACUCCAAGGGGGUUCUUAUGUUUAAAAAGAGACGACAGAGAGCAAAGAAAUAUACUCUAGUGAGUUACGGAAGUGUGGACGAAGACCGAUACAUUGAGGACGAGGAAGGUGUCUUCCCAACAAGUGAAUCAGAAUUUGAUGAGGAAGGUUUCUCUGAUGCUCGUAGUCUAACUAAUCACUCGGACUGGGAUAGCACCUAUUUGGAUAUUGAAAAGCCUAAAAUGGAACAUGAACAACAGGAGGAAAAGGGUCUGAGCGAAGCAUCGGGGAAGGGAGCUGCAUUAUUUGAGAUGCAAAGACAGAGAUCUGAACAGUUUUCUGUUGAUAACGCUCCACCACAAAAUCCCCAGGAAAAUCAUAAACCAACACCGAUUCCACCACAAAGAAGGUCAAGCAGUGGAAAUGCUCGUAAUGUAGAACAUAGAAGCCAAGAGAUCAGUGGUUCAGAGAGCCCCAAAGUAGCUAGCACAAAUAUAUCAUUAUCACCUCCUCAGCCUACACAGCCAGGAACUAGUGAUGGAACUGGCAUCUUUAACAGAUCAGCAAGGCCAUUUACUCCAGGUCAAGUUGGGCAGCGCUCAAUGGCUUCAUCAGUUAUAUUCAAUCCUAUUACCCCUAAAAAAGUAAGCGAGUGUUCAUCUGUGCCAAAUGUAGCACCUUCACCGUUUGCACAUUUCUCUCAUGCAAUUCCUUCAAGCCCUGCAAUUCCUUUGAGUCCUCAAAGAGUUCCUGGAGGUGCUAUUACAUCACUUUAUAUACCAGCACCUGUAAAACCUGCUGUGUCAUCAACACCUCCAGAUGUAGGUGGUGAAAAAGAUUUACAGAAUUCUCCAACUUUUGUUACACCAAGAACGACUACUGCUUCUAUAUAUCUCUCAUCUCCAUCACGCCCAUCAGAACCUCAAACAGUAACUUCACAGCCAAAUAUAACAAAAUUAGUGGGUCCCACUACAGUAACUCCAUUGACCCCACCAGUGUCACAGUUGUUUAGUCCAGCAUCUAGUGUGCAGCAUGACACACCAUCUUACACCCCAGUAAGCCUUGCAAAUACAUCAUCAGAAAGUGUGACAUCAAGAGAACAGAAAAUUUCUGUGCCGUUUGGACGUACAGGCAUCUUGAAUGAGGCUCGAAAAAGAGGUGGCAGGAAACAGAUGUUUGCCAAAGUGGAGGAGAAGAAGUGUUUACCUAAUCCAGAUCUUAUGUCCAUGGUGCAGAACUUAGAUGAGAAACCUAAGCAAGAUCAACCUGGAGCAGGGUUUGAGUCUGGACCUGAAGAAGACUUUCUCAGUCUAGGAGCAGAGGCAUGUAAUUUUAUGCAGUCUGCUGGACGAAAGUUGAAAGUUCCUCCCCCAGUAGCACCUAAACCCUAUUUAAAAGCAGAUGAACUUGUGAAUGGUACCCAUGAUAUGCCUCAACUGAAGGGUAAAGGUGCUGAAUUGUUUGCUAAACGACAAAGCCGUAUGGAUAAGUUUGUGGUAGAGUCAACCCCUAGGUCUAGCUCCAGACCUAAUUCCCGGCCUAGAACACCAUCCCCAACUCCUUCACUACCCUCUUCCUGGAAAUACUCAUCUAAUAUUCGUGCACCACCACCUAUUGCUUACAAUCCACUAUAUUCUCCAUUUUAUCCCUUAGCAGCAUGCAAAUCUCAGCCUGUGAAAGCUGACAGCAAAGUAAAAAAAACUCCUGCCAAUAAACCAAGAAUGCAAGCAAUUGAUUUCAUGCGUCAUCAACCAUACCAGCUAAAUUCCGCAAUGUUCUGUUUUGGUGAUUCCUCUAAUACUGCAAAUCAAACUCAAUCAAGUCAAAACACCACAAAAUCUAGUUUGCCUAGUACUCCAGCUAGGCAAGUACCUGUAAAAACUGUACGAGCUCAUGAUAUAAAGCGCUUCUCAACUCCAACUCCCAUGUCAUCUUCAGCCAACAUGAAACCCACUGUGCUUGCCCCUCGUUCUGCAACUACGCUUGCUGAGCCAGUGUGGAGAACAGAGAUGAGCACUCAACAUGUGCCCUCAACACCUACAGUUCCAAUGCCUUACCAACCACCCACCCAGGAUAGUGUGCAGAAUUCUACCACUUCUUAUAAUCGAGCUUCUGCUGUUUUUAGUCCAACUAGUUUUAUCACUUCACCUAGAGCAUCAGUUUCCAGGAUCCAGGUCCCAAAACCAAAGUUUUGUGCCUCUAAAACUGGAAUGCAGGCUAAUGUAUGGAGGCCGGCUAAAAUCCGAUAUUAAUCUCAUAAACAAGUACCCAUGGUACGCCUCAGCUUCCAGCAAAGAUAUUCAUGGCAAUGCCAUUUGCUUGAUUGUUUUGUGAUUUACAAAGUAGUUUUCCUAUUUCCAUAUCCCUGAACCUCUGCUUGCUAGGCUAAGACUGUAACGUUCCAGCAGAAAUGAAAAAACUAAAUGCACGGAUGUAGUAAAAUGUGAAAAGGUUUGAGAGAACAAGAUGUCUCUUAAUGGACCAGGUAAUUAAAAGUGAAAAUGGACUCUUUAGUAAUGGUUUCAACAAGGAUGCUGACAUAUUUGAUUACGAUGCUCUUUUGACAGAUUUGUGAAUAAGUAAUGUAAUGGUAGUCCAUGAGGAACUUGCAGACAAGGGAUCGACUAGAAAUAUGGAUUUUGUGUACUGCAGCUGGUGGUUGUUGGAAUGACAAUAUGCCAAUACACUGCCCAUCUUGCGAUGACUUUAAGCCAACGAUCACAUCCAUAGGUCAGUUGGGAGUUUAAUAAACAUUUAUAAACAAACUGUAUAAACAGCCAUGUUGAUGUGUUCCAUUGCUGUAACCAUAUCUCCUUAGCCACAUAAAACUUGUUGUGCAUGAAAUUGCUUUUUCCUGGCCACAAGUCAAAGUGCUGGGAAGCUGUUUGCUUGUGUGGUGCACUGUACCAAUAUUGAAUUGGAACAUUAACAACCUGAAGUGUGGUGUGUUUAAUACAAUCCUAGAUGGUCACUUAGUCAGUUGAAAAAAGAAAUGCAUGUUUGUUUGAUGUUUGCGUGAAUUUACAUUUUGCAAUUUUAAAGGGACAGCAGCACCUUAAUAUGAAAUUCUCUCAUGGGAAAUGAAAAAUUGAAAAUGAUGUAUAUAAAAACUAUGGAGCUCUGGAUUUUGGUAACUAUGGAGCUUGCAUAUUCCGUGAUUUUUUGGCGAAAGGAAAUAUUCCAUCAAAGUAGCAUAACGAUAGAGGAAAGUAAUCACUUUGUUUAAAUUAACAGCUGUAUUCUCAUUAUCAUUGGUGUAUUUGGUGAUCAGAAUACAGAAAGAUCUCAUAUCAUGACCAUUGACCAAAAAUGAUAAAUUGCUACUAUGGUAAUGCCUGGACUGUGCUGUAUAAUGGCAUUCUCUUAGGAAAUAAAAGAAAAGUUCCAUAAUAUUUAUAUGCAUAUUUCAACUAAUGAUGUUUCGGCUUCACUGUCCCUUUAAAUACUUGUACCAUCACAAUCAUUUUGUGUAGAAGCCACAAAUUGUAUUUGAUAUUUAUUUUUGUGUACAAUGCCCAUGUAGAUUAUUGUUAGUUAAAUGCAGUUGUUUCUAUUUUUUUCCUUGUGCAUCCCGUAUUGUGCGUUUGUGACAAUGUAUUUGUGUGUAUGACAUUGAGCACAUAAUGCCUUCAUACUUUUGCCAAUGUUUUAGAAUUAUGUAAGCAGGGUAUAUAACUACUCUAGUAAGUACAACGAGAAGCCAAAUUCCAUCAUCAACAUCUGGUCUUUCAAAAUCCUAUGCAAGCAUGCUAUAUGCCUCUUAUUUUCAUUAGCAUCAGUAGGACAGUAAACUGCUGUUAACGUUAAAUAAGCAUGACAUUCCGUGUCAGAGUAGAGAAUCUAAAGAUCAGUGUAGUAUGUUGCUGAUCAGCAUGGAUAUGUAAACGCUCAAUCUAGGCACAAUAGCCAUUCCAUUAGGCUGCAGAUACUGUCCCUUGAUUUCACUGUCAGCCAAUGAAUGGCUUUAACACAUGGAUAACAAUGAUAUUGGCAAUAUGUAAGUGGAACCAUCAGCAAUUGACAAGUGAGACCCUCAGAGGGACAUGUAGUGGUUAUGGUGGUUAGACUGACACUUUAAAGUUUUAUCCUAGAAUGAUUUUUGCAUGUUUCUAUGUCAUGCUAUUUUAUACACAAAAUUUCUUUCAAGAAAUUCUUUAAAACCACAAGCCAUAGAUCUCAUUUCGGAUUACAAAAUAUUAAAGGAUUCGGCCGUUUCAGAUUCUUCUUAACUUCAAGCAUAGUUUUAAAUGACCAAAUAUAAGUGGGAAGAGAUGGACAGUGCACUUGUGUGAUAACCAGUGAAAUAAAAAUGUACACUAGAUGUGGUGAAAUAGUGAAUCAGUGAUCAUACAAACGCAAACACAAACAUAACGUAUAAGAGUUCAUUUUGUUUGUAAAAGAUAAACACUUGCAUAGGGAAAUAUAGUUUUAUAAUGUAACUGACUCAGCACAUAUAAGAAUAAAUAUUAAUCACAUCCCACUCACAUUUGCUUAAGCUUGUAUAUAACUGGCUCAAGUAUAUCUGCAUAGGUGUAGUGAAGGUAUUCUGAAAUAGAGAAUAGUUUUAUAUUAUGUAAAAUCAUUACAAAUCAUUCUUUUUUUUGUUGAGUGUCUAUACAUAAAAUUAAAAAUUGUUAAAUGUGGUUUUCUUAACAGAUUUCAUAGGUCAUAAAUAGGUAAUGUGUCAAACUGCUAUUACACUUUCAAAAUAAAACAAAAAAACAAACCAUUAUCUCACAAAAUUUCUGUAGAAAUUAGACAUCUCAUAUCUAUGCAUACAGGUAAGCUAUGUGCAAAACAAGCCAUAACAUAAACAAGCCAGAAUAUACUUUCUAAUAGAUUGGAAGCAGACAUAUAUCAUGAGUAAUUAUUAGGACAGCAGGGGAGAUCACCAAACCUGAAUUUAUGCUAGUCGCCAUACCAAUAAUUAGUAAUAUAGCAGGUUAAUAUUUCAUAUUCUGGAAUGUUUUACGUAUCCAUUUCAUAGUUUUAUUUUCUAAAAUUAAUUUCCUUAAAGUUUAUCUUGUUCCAAUUAUACGAGCAGGAACACACAUGGGAACUAACUCUAUCUGCCCAACAGGGUGUGGGUUGGAGUGCUCAUUGCCAGAAUAAUAAGUUUCAUUAUGUACCAUACACUGCUUACCUAUUUUACUGUCUACAAAAUCCUAGUCUCCUAGUCUUGGUGGUUUUCGUGUACAGGAAGAGCCAGGCCAAUUACCGACCAGUGCUCACAGGUAUUACAUUACGUAUCUGCCUACAGGUUCAGCACCUAAGGUUCCUAUUAUCCUUCCUAAAAUAACUUAUCUAUGGAUGAUGAAGGAAGGUAGAUUUAUUUUUGCAUCUGAGAAAAGGCUGCAUUUUGCGAUGUCACAUUUGGAAACAGAUAUGAACUGUGGCCUAUUAAUUUGUAGUUACACAUCUGAUUCAAUUAAUGCAAUGUUAGAAUCCAAACACAUUCAACGAUU